AUGCCAUUCAGAUUUGGCGAUAUUGCCUCUAUGUUGGAGUUCGCUUUUGUGACGUAUUUUCAAGUUUCACGUUGUGACGUCCACCAUGGUAACAUCGGUAUGUCAUCACCCACCACAAAAGUGGUACGGGAAUGCUCAAUGCGUGGUGUGUGCGGACACCGUGGCGCUAUGCACCAAACGUGUCCCUACCACGGACCACCCUUACGAAUAGUCGAAAAACAUCGGCAAACGUUGGCGUCACUUUGCCCUCAUCUGUUUCAAGGAGGCAAUGAAGAAUUUUGCUGUGAUGAAAAGCAGGUGGUUCUGUUGGAUGCGCAAAUGACACUGCCACGACAGUUCCUGGCGCGAUGUCCAAGUUGCUUGACGAAUUUUGUACAGCUGUGGUGUGACUUCACCUGUUCACCAAACCAGGCGAAUUUUGUACGGGUCAUUUCGUCUACCAAUGAUUUAUAUCUCGUGGAAAACAAAACGCGUUACGUCACAGAAGUUGCGUAUUAUGUGAGAGACAGUUACGUAGAUGAGUUAUUUCAAUCAUGCAGAAAUGUUCGAGCAGUUGGAACGGACUAUGCGCUUAGUUUUAUGUGCGGCGUGAGUAUCACCGAGUGUGACAUGUCCCGGUGGUUCACCUUUCUGGGUACCUACAACGAUGACAUUGGCGUACCUUUCCAUAUUACUUUCAUUCCUACUUCCUCCUUCGCUGAAUCUACGCAGCACGAGCAAGUAAACAUUUCAAAUGCCAGAGCAGUUGACAUUAACCCACCCGCCACACGGGUGUUUCUCUGUUCGGAAGCAGCUCAUCCUAAUGGCUCUCCAUGUUCCUGUCAGGAUUGCCCUCAGUCUUGCGUUGCCGAAACACCUUUCCCCUUUAUCACACAGAAGACUGAAUUUAGUGAAAAUGCAGAAAACAUUCAGGAGAGUGGUCAGGCCUUUAUCAGUAAAACUAUGGAAGAAUGUCAGAUCGCGUCCUUUGAUUGUAUGCUAAUUUUAUCACUUUUUGGAUUUGGUGGGCUAUGCUUUGCAGUGCUUUUCUUUGCGAUAAUGCACUAUAGCUUGAAAAGAAAUCAAGAUGGCGACUUGAGUGAUUUUAAACCAGCUGCUGGAACCUUAGAUGACACUGACUUGGGUACAAUUGACACGUUGGGAUCUUGGAUCGAGUCACAGCUUGAACUGGUUUGCGCUCAUUAUGGACAGUUAUGUGUUAAGCAUCCAUUAGCGGUGUUUUUGUUUGGCACGCUUGUUGCGGUAGUUUGCUCAAGUGGUAUGCUUUUCGUUCGUUUCACCACCGAUCCCGUGGAACUCUGGUCAUCCUGGACUAGUAGAGCACGUGGCGAAAAAUACUUUUUCGAUAACGAAUUCGGACCAUUUUAUCGUAUGGAACAGUUGAUCGCAUACCCACGAGAUCAGUCAUUUUGGCCACAUGAAAAUCAGUCAGACUUAUUCGAACUUGGCUUCUAUGGCCCAGCACUGCGAAAAACAUUUCUACAAGAAGUAGCAGAGCUGCAGGAAGCGGUUACAAACUUGAUAGCGGUGACAGAGGACGGUACUCGGGUGACACUCACUGAUGUAUGCUACAAACCGAUGAUACCUGAUAAUCAUAAUUGUGCAAUCAUGACUGUCUUCAAUUAUUUUCAGAACAAUAUGACACUUCUGAAUCUGACGAGCAUAGAUGAAUGGAGUGGAUCGCAGUUCGACUAUCUGGACCACAUCGUGACUUGCGCCCAGAAUCCAUACCAGACGAUCACUCGACUUGGCAUCCCCUGCUUAUCUGCAUUUGGUGUACCCAUCCAGCCGUACGUUGUAUUGGGUGAAUUCAACAGCAGUAACCAGUGGGACAGUGCAAGGGGCAUAGUUAUCACUAUUCUACUCAACAAUCAUAUCACCGCUGUGGAAAAUAAGUAUGCUGCUGCAUGGGAAAAAGUAUUUGCUCUUUAUCUUCGGAAUAUUUCGCAUCAAAACUAUGCGAUAUCAUUUAUAGCUGAACGUUCCAUUCAGGAUGAAAUAGAUCGAGAAAGUCAAUCAGAUGUCUUCACUAUACUUAUUAGCUACAUCUUCAUGUUCGCCUAUGUUGCAUUCGCACUUGGACAGUAUCAGGUGACUGGGAACAAUUUGGCCACUUUACUUGUCCAUUCGAAGAUAAUGCUUGGUGUUGCGGGUGUUAUGAUUGUUGCCUUAUCAGUUACGUCGUCCAUUGGCUUGUACGCAUUCUAUGGCAUCCCUGCAACGACGAUUGUCCUGGAAGUGCAACCAUUUCUAGUGCUUGCUGUGGGCGUCGACAACAUCUUCAUUUUUGUACAGGCCUAUCAGCGAGCCGAGGAGCCUUUAACAGAGCCAUUACAUCUACGAAUUUCACAUAUAAGCGGUGAAGUGAUACCAUCAAUGCUUUUGUCCUCGCUAUCCGAAUGCUUGUGUUUUUUUGUUGGAGCGCUAUCCUCCAUGCCUGCUGUCAAGGUGUUUUCGCUAUAUGCAGCUUUGGCGAUAUUUUUUAACUUUUUCCUACAAAUAACCUGUUUCCUUGCGAUAUUUAUCCUUGAUGUGCGACGCGAAGAGAGUGGCAGGCCAGAAGUGUGUUGCUGUCGUCGGAUAACAACCGUAGAAAGCGUUAACAAUGAUGGCUAUAUGUUGUGUCUGUUCAGUAACUACUAUGCGCCAUUUUUGUUAUCAAAAUAUGUUCGAAUCAUUGUGAUAUUUUUAUUUGCUGGCUGGCUGAGUAGUUCGUUCGCAGUUAUGGGUAACAUCCCUCUUGGCUUUGACCAGAAAAUGGCAGUUCCUGAGGAUUCAUAUGUUUUCUCCUAUUUCAAAUCGAUAGAUCGAUUUCUCUCAGUCGGCCCACCAGUGUAUUUUAUCGUCAAAGGUGAUAUGGAAUUCAAUGAUCCCUACGAACAUAAUAAAAUUUGCUCCGGUGCCGGUUGUGCCACUGAUUCAUUGGGUGCUCAAAUCGCCCAUGCGGCACGAUGGUCAAAUAGAUCUUAUAUAGCUUAUCCAGCAAUGAAUUGGCUCGACGAUUACUUUGACUGGUUACAACCCUUCGGUGAUCCGCCAUGUUGCCGGAUGUACCCCAAUGGAACGUUUUGCUCUUCCACCGAGAAUUCAGAAAGCUGCAUUCCUUGUAACGUGGAAUUUCUCAAUGGUAGACCUCGCUCAGAUCUGUUUUACGACCAUCUCACGCAUUUCUUUUCUAAUAACCCCAGUAUCAAAUGUGCUAAAGGAGGUCAUGCAGCUUAUGGUUCGGCCGUUAAAUUGUCUAGGCGUGGCCGGAUCUUAUCGUCGCAUUUCAUGACUUACCAUACGGUUUUGAAAACUUCAUCAGACUUCAUAAAUGCCAUGACAAGUGCUCGCCGUAUUGCUGCCAAUAUCACAGCUAUGUUAAACAAAGACAGGGAUGGACGAUGUCCUAUAGAAGUAUUUCCGUACAGCAUAUUUUACGUUUUCUAUGAACAAUAUAUGACAAUAGUAAUGGAUGCGUGUAUCCAACUGAUACUAUCCUUAGUAGCCAUAUUUGCGGUUACAACAAUACUUCUCGGCCUUGAUCCGUGGUCAGCAUUCAUCAUUGAUCUUACAAUAAGUUGUGUUCUAUUCAACUUAAUUGGUCUAAUGUAUUGGUGGAGUAUUGAUUUCAACGCUGUUUCUGUUGUCAACCUUGUCAUGACGGUUGGAAUAUCGGUAGAAUUUUGUGCGCACAUUGUUCGAUCAUUCGCGUUAAGUGCUCAUCGUGAUCGCUUGAUGCGUGCCCGACAUUCUCUUGCAAGCAUGGGGUCAUCGGUUCUUUCCGGCAUAACACUUACAAAAUUUGGUGGAAUAUUAGUCCUCGCAUUUGCACAUUCCCAAAUUUUCAAAGUAUUUUACUUCCGUAUGUUCCUUGGCAUUGUACUAAUUGGAGCAGCGCACGGUCUCAUAUUUCUACCUGUUUUACUCAGUUAUAUCGGUAAAUCAUCUUUCUUUACUUCCUAUUUUCCGGUAGAACUAUCAGUUCGUAACGAUCAUAGAACUACUCAAGGACCUCCGAUGAACAAGCGCAAGCUGAUCAUGAAGACACGGUCGGAAAGUUGCUGCAUAAGUGAUUGCGGCGGUACAGUAGCGAAAACAUGCUUGACAAAACACUGCGAUCCUUCACCACUUGCGGACAAAGGAGUGGAUCUUAUCUUUCUGUGCUAUGGGGAAAGCAUUGCACGCGAAAUAUUCGAGAGGGUGAGUCGAUCGUCAUCAAUUGCCUGCAGGUUAUGUCCAUCAUUCGCGCAUCAGUGGGGUGAUUCGUCCAUGGAGUUGACCUUCAGGGACGGGAAUGUCGAGAGUCUGUUAUGGGUGACAGCACCGGGGGGUGACUUUUUAUGGCUCGAAUCGAUUGCAAAAAGUCGCUUUAUUUGCCCGAUCGGAGCACGAAUUCUGGAAGUUGAGAAUGACAAGUUCAGGGUGAUCGAUGAUUUUGGUCAGGAGCAAUGGCUACCAGUAGACAGUGCUUAUCGCAUGAUGCAUGCAACUUCAGUGCAGGGCGUCGAAGAUAUGAUCAGUUUAGGCGACCUGCACGAAGCUGCGCUGCUUCGAAACCUAUUCGUGCGCUACAAUAACAAGCUCAUUUACACGUACGUCGGUUCCGUGCUAAUAGCAGUAAAUCCAAAUACGUCUUUGCCCAUUUAUUCAAUGGAGCAAAUUCGGUUAUACCGCAAUCGACGAAUCGGUGAACUACCGCCCCAUAUCUUCGCAAUCGCCAAUUCUGCUUACUACAAUAUGAAAUCAAGUAAUCGAGACCAGUGCAUCUUUAUCAGCGGUGAGUCAGGUUCAGGUAAAACAGAAUCUGCAAAGUUGGUCAUCCAAUUUUUGGCAACUAUAUCUGGCCAACAUUCUUGGGUUGAGCAGCAAGUUUUGGAAGCAAGUCCAAUCAUGGAAGCAUUUGGUAAUGCAAAAACUGUGCGGAACAAUAACUCGUCACGUUUUGGACGCAAUAUCGAUCUGUACUUCACGAGUAACGGCGCAAUCGAAGGUGCCAGAAUUGAGCAUUAUUUGCUUGAGAAAUCACGAGUUGUCUCGCAAGCAUCGGAUGAACGGAAUUACCAUAUAUUUUAUUGUCUUCUCGCUGGCUUAACAGAAUCGGAGAAACAGGAACUAUACCUAAGUGACGUGAAGGACUUUUAUUACUUGAAUCAGGGUGGCACGGUAGCCGUGGAAGGCCGAAAUGAUGCAGCGGAUCUGGCCGAAAUCCGUUCUUCCAUGAAAGUCCUGAUGUUCAAAGAUUCCGAAAUCUGGUCCAUCUUUAAAAUUCUGGCCGCGAUACUACAUGCUGGCAACAUUAAAUAUAUGGCCACGGCAAUGGAUGGUAUGGAAAGAGUGGAAAUCAGAGAUACAAUUGAAAUCGAAAGAGUUGCUAAUCUUCUUUCAAUGGAGAAGCAGGCAUUGGUGAAGGUCUUGACAAGUCGCAGUUCACUGAUUGGAACAGAGCGGGUUCUAUCGUAUCUAAGUGCUGAACAAACGCUCGAUGUACGUGACAUCUUUGUCAAAGCAAUCUAUCACCGACUUUUCCUCCAUAUCCUUGAAAAGAUCAAUGAGACCAUGAAUGGUGCCUACGAUUUGGAACAGAUAAGUUGGGGGCCGAUCGAAGUUGCGAGUGAUAAGGAAAUUUUGGAUUUGGUUGCAUUGGGACCAACGAGUAUUAUGUCAAUUAUGGAUGAAGAAAGCGUUCUUCUAAAGGGUACUGAUCAAAGUAUGCUCAAAAAAUUGCACAUUCAUCAUGAGAGCAAAGAAGGACUUUAUUUUAGGCCUCAGUCUGAUUUGGACAAAUCAUUUGGCAUAGCUCAUUAUGCUGGGACUGUUUUUUAUCAUUCCAAAGGCUUUAUCGACAAAAACCGCGACAAGUUUUCCUCUGAUUUACUUGAGCUUCUACACGGGAGUGAAUUUCGACUUCUUAGACUGCUCUUUGAUGAUGUUUACGACUACGACGAUAUGUCGGUGAUGCGGAACAAACAUCCCACGGUUGCCAGCCAUUUCAGGAAAUCACUGGAGAAUUUGGUGGCAAGUUUGGAGCAGAAAGAACCCUUCUUCAUAAAUUGCAUCGUACCAAAUACGAUUAAACGACCAUUGUUCAUGGAGCGUGAAGUCGUUUACAAACAAAUGCAUUAUAUGAGUUUGCUGGAAAUGGUAAGGAUCCGAAAAUCAGGUUAUCCUGUCAGAUACCAGUACGAACAUUUUGUGGAACGUUACCGAUUACUUGUCGAUGGUAUUGGUGAGAUUUUCAUUCUUCCCAGUGCUAGUCAUCCAGGCCCACCACAUACAACAAAUUGUCGUGCGGCAUCACGACGAAUUUGUGAUAUUGUUUUGGGGCCACGAGCUGAUAUUAGGCUGGGGAAAACGAUGAUAUUCUUGAAGGAAGCCCAGCAUUUGCUACUACAACAGGAACAAGAGCGUAUGUUGAUAUUGCGUAUAACAACGAUUCAGAAGACCGUUCGUGGAUGGAUUCAUCGAACACAAUUCAAACAAAUGAAAGCUGCCGCUAUUAUCAUCGAAAAAUACUGGCGAGGUUAUAUGCAGCGUCAGCGAUAUCGUCAGUCUCAAACUGCUGAUAUGAUUACAAGUUACGGAGUGUAG